AUGCAGCAGUCGACAGUGUCCGAGGACGUGGUCAAGAACGAGUCGUCAUCGCCGUCGUCCAGGCUGUGUUUGUCGAUUAACCCGCAGACCUGCUGCCACGGCGACCGCAUGGUCAGAGAUCAGUGCAACGGCGGUGAUGGCGAAGAAUCGACUCGUCCGUCGUCCGAGUGUGAUGGCCUAGCGUUGAACUCGUCUGACCCGUCGGUGGUAAACGAAGACGGCACUGGUACCCUGAAUGCCGUUGGACGACGGGGUGGCCGGGAAGUGACGACAGUGUCAGCUGCGGCCAGUGGCAUCAAAGCCCUGCCGAAGUAUAGCAGCCGGCACAUAAAACUGAGUCGAAGCGGCAGUGACUCGAGCGUGUCGACGGUUCGCCGUGUCGAGCCAUUUCGACGCAACAUUCCUGAGCGCCGCAGCUUACGAGCCGAGAACGCGUCCGACAUCAGGUACAAGAUGAAGAUCGAGCAUCGAGACUCGUACCGUACGUCGGUCGACAUCGAAGUUGACCUGCAGUCGGCGAAGCUGAAACUGGAACAGGAAAAGGAGCAGCUUUCGAAGUUGCGGGAUAUCAAAGCGAGUUUGCAGCAGUUGAAGAACUCCGGGGUCGACCAACUGCCGCUGAGCACGUGUGUAUCAGCCGCUUUGUGCGAACCGGUCCAGCGAAUCUUCUGCGGUAGUAAUGCUACCGAGAACCUUAUAACCGACUGUUUGUCAUCGUCUUCAUCGUCGAUGCCCGACAAGCGUGCCAUGACGAUAAUCGAGAAGAGCGCUCACCGCGUCCGCAGGCUUCUCCAGGCGAAACAGCAAAAGCCGCCAGUAAAUGCCUUCAGGUGA